UGUAGUAUCUAUAAUACCCUUCACUCCUUAUCUCCGUACCUCUUAGGGUUUCUCUCAGAAAACAUGGCGGACGAAUCUCACUACUCCUCCUCCGACUCUUACUCCAACAACAAACGCAAGUACGAUGACCAAACCGCUCCUCCUCCCCCUCCAACCCGAAGACCCACCGGCUUCUCCUCCGGCCCGAUCCCAUCUCUCUCUCCAGAUCCCUCCGCCGCUCCUCCUCCCCCGUCUUCCUACAACAGCGUCCCCCCUCCCAUGGACGAGAUCCAGAUCGCCAAGCAAAAAGCUCAGGAGAUCGCCGCUCGUCUCCUCAACAGCGCCGAGGCCAAACGUCCUCGCCUCGUCGACAACAACGCCUCUUCUUACGAUUACGCCGCCGGCGGCGAUAACAAAGGCUUCACCUCUUACCCUCCUUCCGAGGGUACGGCUCCGACUUCGAUACCUGUUUCGUACGGGAGCUUCACUGGAUCCACGAAGAAGAUUGAUAUCCCGAAUAUGAGAGUUGGUGUUAUCAUUGGUAAAGGCGGAGAGACGAUCAAGUCUCUUCAGCUUCAGUCUGGAGCCAAGAUUCAGGUCACUAGGGAUAUGGAUGCGGAUCCUAAUGCCGCCACGAGGACUGUUGACCUUACUGGCACGCCUGAUCAGAUCUCAAGAGCUGAGGAGCUGAUCAAUGAAGUCCUUCAAGAUGCGGAGUCAGGAGGUACAGUUGGUUCUGGUGGUGGAGGAGGGUCUCGUAGGAUGGGUGGACACCCAGGAGGUGAUCAGUUUGUUAUGAAAAUCCCCAAUAAUAAGGUUGGUCUGGUGAUUGGUAAAGGAGGUGAGACUAUCAAAUCUAUGCAAGCCCAGACUGGAGCUCGAAUUCAGGUUAUUCCUUUGCAUUUACCCCCUGGAGAUCCAACGCCUGAAAGAACUUUGCAGAUUGAUGGGACCACCGAUCAGAUUGAGCAUGCUAAACAAUUAGUUAAUGAAAUCAUCAGUGGCGAGAACCGUAUGAGAAACUCAUCAAUGGGUGGAGGCUAUCCUCAACAAGGAUACCAAUCCCGCCCGCCUUCAAGCUGGGCACCAUCUGGUGCUCCGCCACCACAACAUCCUGGUUACGGUUACAUGCAACCGGGAGCAUAUCCGGGUCCACCUCAGUACGGUCAAUCGCCUUACGCAAGUUACCCUCAACAAACUUCAGCUGGCUACUCCUCUACCUGGGAUCAAUCCUCUGUGCCACCAUCCCAGCUGGGCGCACAAGGUGAGUAUGAUUAUUACGGUCAGCAACAGCCACAGGCCCCAAACAGUGGUGGAAGCUCAGCCCCACCGACAGACACCACAGCGUACAAUUACUACCAGCAUGGGUCUGGUUAUGGCCAAGCUGGUCAGGGAUACCAACAAGGUGGGUACGGAGCUUAUAAUGCCUCGCAACAAUCUGGAUAUGGCCAAGCUGGGUAUGACCAGCAACAGGGUGGUUAUGGCAGCACAACUAACCCGGGUCAAGAGGAAGAUACAUCUCAAGGCGCUCCACAAUCGUCGGCUCAGUCUGGACAAGCUGGUGAACAGCCUACUCCUCAAGGUAGUACUGGUCAAACGGGGUAUGGAGCUACUCCAACUGCUCAGGCUGGUUACAGCAGCCAGCCUCCAACAGCUUACAGUUCUGGAUAUGGAGCACCACCACCUGCUGGAAAACCACCGGCUUAUGCUCAGAGCCAGCAGUCUCCUGGCGCUCCUGGGAGCUAUGGUGGUCAGUCUGGGUAUGCGCAACCAGCUGGGUCGGGUUAUGGACAGCCUCCAGCAUAUGGGUAUGGUCAAGCACCUCAGGGGUAUGGGUCAUAUGGAGGAUACACACAAGCUCCUGCUGGUGGUGGUUACUCUUCUGAUGGGUCUGCUGGAGCUGCUCCUGGUGGUGGUGGUAGUGGUACACCGGCCUCCCAGAGUGCUCCACCAGCUGGACCGCCUAAGGCAUCCCCGAAGAGUUGAUAACUUUUAUGGAAAAGUUUCAGCUGUUAUUAAAAUACAGGCUUCCAUGCUCUUUAUUUGUUUUCCACAUGAUCUCUUUUAAUGUUUGUGUUUUGACGUUUAGUUGUUUAACAUUUUCACUUUUAUUUGAGAAAAUGCUUAAUAAAUAUUCCCUCUGUUUCA